AACCAGUAUAGCACCAGGCGCACGUGUGGACUCCAUAAGAACAGCCUCUGCUAUCCCCGAACGAAAAGCACUCCGUGUUAUCGUACCCAACUCACCUUCUCCAGGUUACUUACUACAUUUCUCUCAACCCCCAUCACACCUGCUAGCACACAUAACGACCUGCUAGACGCGCUCCUGAUUCCAAACCCGUUGCUGUAAAAGUCGAGAAACAAAGGUUCGACCAUGUCGUCAAGCCAGACUGCGGGUCUGCACCCGCCACGCCUUGCGUCGAUGUUCGCGAAGUCGCCGAGUGCACCGGGAACACCGGUGCAUUCAAUCCAGACGAUGCGUCGCAAAGCUGCAGGCCAUGGUGGUCCACUCACGAAGAUCCUUGUCGCGAAUCGAGGUGAAAUCGCUAUCCGAGUGUUCCGUACCGCCCAUGAGCUUGCGAUGCAUACUGUUGCUAUCUACUCUUACGAGGAUCGGUUGUCCGCACAUCGUCAGAAGGCGGAUGAGGCGUAUCAGGUCGGCAAAGGCUUGACCCCGGUCGCUGCUUAUCUCGCACAAGAUGAUAUUAUCCGAAUUGCUCUUGAGCAUGGUGUAGAUAUGAUUCAUCCGGGAUACGGAUUCCUAUCUGAAAAUGCGGAGUUCGCGCAGAAGGUCGAGCAAGCUGGGCUCGCUUUCAUCGGCCCCUCCCCAGAGGUCAUCGAUGCUCUUGGUGACAAGACCAAGGCUCGUACCAUUGCAAUGAAAAUUGGCGUCCCAGUUGUACCUGGUACACCUGGACCGGUCGCAGCAUAUACUGAUGCAGAGAGCUUUAUCAAGGAAUACGGCUUCCCAGUUAUCAUCAAGGCUGCUAUGGGCGGCGGUGGACGUGGUAUGCGUGUCGUCAGAGAAGAGGGCGAGUUCAAGGAUGCAUUCUCGCGAGCGGUCAGCGAGGCCAAAUCCGCAUUCGGAGAUGGUACAGUCUUUAUCGAGCGCUUCCUUGAACGCCCUCGCCACAUAGAAGUCCAGCUGCUUGCAGAUGGACAAGGAAAUGUUGUCCACUUGUUUGAACGUGAUUGCUCCGUCCAGCGUCGCCACCAGAAAGUUGUUGAAGUUGCGCCUGCGAUGAACCUUCCGGAGGAAGUUCGCCAAGCCAUUCUCGGAGAUGCUAUCAAGCUUGCUCAGAGUGUUGGCUAUCGCAAUGCGGGCACUGCGGAAUUCUUAGUUGACCAGCUUGGUAGACACUAUUUCAUUGAGAUCAACCCGCGUAUCCAGGUUGAACAUACCAUUACUGAGGAGAUUACUGGUAUUGAUAUUGUUGCCGCGCAAAUUCAAAUUGCGGCUGGCGCGACGCUUGCUCAGCUCGGUUUGUCACAAGAGGCCAUCACAAAACGCGGGUUUGCAAUCCAGUGCCGUGUAACCACUGAAGAUGCGGCCCAGAACUUCCAGCCCGAUACAGGUAAAAUUGAGGUGUACCGCUCUGCUGGUGGAAAUGGCGUCCGUCUCGAUGCGUCCUCCGGCUUUGCUGGAGCACAGAUUACCCCACACUACGAUAGUUUGCUGGUAAAAGUCUCCGUUAGCGGAACGACUUAUGAAGUUGCUCGUCGAAAGAUGCUACGCGCACUCGUUGAGUUCCGCAUUCGUGGCGUUAAGACAAAUAUCCCAUUCCUGUUCCGCCUUUUGACCCAUGACGUCUUCAUUUCUGGAAAGACCUGGACAACGUUCAUUGACGACACUCCAGAUCUCUUCAAGCUUGUGCAGUCACAGAAUCGCGCACAGAAACUUCUUGCGUACCUUGGGGACCUAGCCGUCAACGGUAGUUCUAUCAAAGGUCAACAGGGUGAACCAGGCCUUAAGGACGAGAUCGUUAUUCCGAAAUUAGUAAACCGCGAUGCUGGUGACGGUGGACCCCUCGACACCUCCGUGCCAUGCCACAAUGGCUGGCGCAACAUCAUUAUCGAGAAAGGUCCAGAGGCAUUUGCCAAAGCCGUACGCGAGUAUCCAGGUGUACUAAUCAUGGACACAACUUGGCGUGAUGCCCACCAGUCACUGCUCGCCACACGUCUGCGUACUGUUGACAUGGUCAAUAUCGCGAAGGAGACGAGCUGGGCGCUCGCGAAUGCUUAUUCUUUGGAGAUGUGGGGAGGCGCAACAUUUGAUGUUGCUAUGCGUUUCUUGUAUGAGGAUCCUUGGGAGCGUCUGCGCACCCUACGGAAACUUGUUCCGAACAUUCCUUUCCAAGCUCUCGUUCGUGGUGCUAAUGGUGUUGGUUACACCAGCUAUCCAGAUAACGCUAUAUAUGACUUCUCGAAGAAGGCCGUCGAGAAUGGUCUGGACAUCUUCCGAGUGUUUGAUUCGCUAAAUUACUUCGAGAACUUGAAGCUCGGUAUCGACGCUGCGAAGAAGGCAGGUGGUGUUUGCGAGGCAGUCGUUUGUUACAGCGGAGAUGUAGCCAACCCCAAGAAGACGAAGUACACCUUGCAGUACUACUUGGACUUUGUCGAUCAACUUGUUCAUGAGGGCAUUCAUGUACUCGGUAUCAAGGACAUGGCUGGCUUACUGAAGCCCGAAGCUGCUAGACUCCUUAUUGGUGCAAUCAGGCAGAAGUAUCCGGACCUCCCAAUCCACGUUCACUCACACGACACCGCCGGUAUUGCGGCAGCAAGCAUGCUAGCGGCGGCCGCGGCUGGUGCAGAUGUCGUCGAUGUUGCUAUUGACAGCAUGUCGGGUUUGACAUCGCAGCCAUCCAUGGGUGCAGUGUGCAUGGCACUUGAGCAGACGAACCUCGGAACGGGAAUUCGUUACGAUGACAUUCAAGCUUUGAACUUGUACUGGACGCAAGUCCGACAGCUGUACAGCUGCUUCGAGGCAAACGUCCGUGCUUCAGACUCUAGUGUCUUUGCGCAUGAAAUGCCGGGAGGGCAGUAUACCAAUCUCAUGUUCCAAGCUUCGCAGCUUGGUCUGGGAACACAAUGGACAGAAAUCAAGCAAAAGUAUAUUGAAGCUAACGAGCUGUGCGGAGAUCUCAUCAAGGUCACCCCGUCUUCCAAGGUCGUCGGAGACUUCGCGCAGUUUUUGACUUCAAAUAAGCUGUCAAAGCAGGACGUUUUGGACAGAGCCGAGCACCUUGAUUUCCCAUCGUCUGUUGUAGAAUUCUUCCAGGGUUACUUGGGCCAACCCGUCGGAGGAUUCCCAGAACCGUUGCGCUCAAAGAUCAUCCGUGAUAAGCCUCGCAUCGAUGGGCGCCCGGGCGCAACUAUGGAGCCUUUGGAGUUCAAGAAGAUCAAAGCGGAAUUGCGAUCGAAGUUCGGGAAGCACAUUACGGACUCGGAUGUUACAUCCUAUGUGAUGUAUCCAAAGGUGUUUGAGGAAUACCAGGGCUUCCUCGAGAAAUAUGGUGACCUCAGUGUUGUACCUACGCGUUACUUCCUCGGCAGGCCCGAUGUUGGGGAGGAAAUGCACAUUUCGAUCGAGGAGGGCAAGACCCUAAUCAUUCGCUUGAUGGCGGUCGGACCAGUGGUUGAGGGUAAGGCGACCAGAGAUGUCUGGAUUGAGGUAAACGGCGAAGUUCGUGCAGUGGCUGUGGAAGACAAGAACAGUGCCGUAGAAACCUUUACCAGAGAGAAGGCUUCAAGUGAUCCAGGCUCGGUCGGCGCGCCAAUGUCGGGUGUUGUGGUCGAGGUCCGUGUGAAGGAAGGCCAAGAAGUGAAGAAGGGUGACGUUCUUUGCGUACAGAGCGCCAUGAAGAUGGAAUCUGCCGUCAGUGCGCCUGUAUCUGGGCACAUCAAGCGUGUCGCCGUGCAAGAAGGCGACUCCAUCUCGCAAGGAGACCUCAUUGUCGAGAUCGUCCAUUAGAAGGCAUAUUACAUGCUCCCGGUUCAACCCUGUGGCUCCAGAUGUAGUUAUAUCGCAAACGAGUCAGAUACCGAAUAGCUACUAUCGGCCUGCUGGUGUAUUUCUCUUGUAUUUCAAUCAUAAACUUGUCACAUACCAAAUGAAGUCAUCUGUUGUAGUUAGUGUUCAGCCAAAUACAUAUACAUAGAUAUACAUGACUCCUU